UCCUGUUUUAUUCACAGUGGGGCUCGCUGUCAGGCUGCAGCUCAGACAAACUCCACGCAGAGUGUUUCCGCGUUGCGUUCGUGACAUCUGAUCUAGUCCGUUUUGCGCACUGUCUGCUUGCGUAAAUCUAAUGAAUUAGAAACGACGCGCCUUUUUCUGCAUGAAUUUACGAUUAUUAAAUGUUUUUUUCUCUUUCUACUCCCGCUUUUUAAUUUUGAAAUAAAGCUUCUUUUGUCCUCAUGUCGAGAGACGCGCACUGAGAUCCACUUCUCUGGUGGAAAAGGCACUUUUUACGCGCAAUGGCACAGGACCACAGCCGUGGAUUUUGAACUAAUGGAACUUUUUUAAUUAUUUAUUUUUAAGAAGACGACGCAGAUUACCUUACGCACUGGAUUAUCCUCACAUUUACAGACUUCUGCAUUUUUAACUCAUGUCUUUGUUCUGUCUGUAAUAUGACAACCAUGCCUUUAUUAUUAUAUAUAUGCGUAAUGCGCACAUUUUCUUGUUGUGUUGGUGGAGUUUUGUGAACAAUAAACGCCACUGAAAUGGAAACUGGUGUUGGUGACAUGUACCUUCAGGGUGUCUGGUGUCGCUCACACCCUCAGCCCAUCCCAUUACAACAGAACAGCAUUGUGUGUUUAUAGGUGCCUCCCUACUGUCAUUUCUAUCAGUUGUAUUUGUCUUUGUUCAUCAUCACGGGCAGAACUACCUAUGCGUGAAAUUUACUUUGGAAAUAAAACUCACUCAUCCACUCAUCAGAGCAUCUCACUCAGCAUGUCAUCCAAAUACAAGCUCUUAAUUUUUCUGCUGCUUGUCACUGGGGUCUGUCUGGUAUUGAGGGAAAUGAGACCAGACAUUUCUGUCAGUCUUCCACUCCCUACAUCCUGUCUAUGUGACAAGUGCUUAAAAGAUGAUGAUCCAUGGGUUAUGAAGCAUUAUGACACAUCUGUCGAACCGUUUUUGACAACAGACUUAAAUGUCUCAGAAGAAAGUUUUAAAUGGUGGAAGAAUUUACAGACAGAAUCCCGCAGCUACGAUGUCUUUAAAGCAACAGUGGCCAGUCUGCUCCAGAUGUUUCCAUCCCCUCCACAUAAAUCCAGCUCCAGUAACUGCUGGACUUGUUCGGUGGUGGGCAACAGCGGGAAUUUAGUGGGGGCAAAUUAUGGACAGCUAAUCGAUUCCCACGAUGUAGUCAUACGGAUGAACAAAGGUAUGACCAAGGGCUUUGAAGAGGAUGUGGGGAGAAAAACAACACAUCGUGUCAUGUAUCCAGAGAGUGCGAUGGACGUGGAAAACGACACUCAUCUUGUCCUGUUUCCAUUUAAGAUAAUGGACAUUGAGUGGAUUAUGAAGGCUUCAACAACAGGUUUUUAUGGACGACGGUCAUAUGCUCCGAUAAUACCAAAAAUCAAAGUCAACAAAGAUUUGGUGAGGGUGGUCAAUCCAGCUUUCAUGAGAUAUGUCCAUCAUUCAUGGCUUGAAAAAACGGGCAGCUAUCCAUCCACUGGCUUCAUGACUGUGGUUCUUGCGAUGCACAUUUGUAACGAGGUCCAUGUGUUUGGUUUUGGAGCUGACAGCAACGGAAACUGGAAUCACUACUGGGAAAAACUCUGGAACAAAAACUUGAAAACCGGAGUACAUCCUGGGAAAAAUGAGUAUAAUAUUAUUGUACAGCUGGCGAAGACAAAAAAAAUAGAGUUUUAUAAAGGACACUGAUGUUUUUGUUUUUGCUGACUCCUGAAGGAUUGAAUGUAGUUUUUUUUGUAUCUAUCAUUUGCCGACGAAGAUACAGAAGGUUGCAGUUGAAUUGA